AUAGUUCAUGUUACGUUGUUCCUAAGUAUAUAUCUGAAUAACCUCUUUUAUUCUUUUUGAACAUAGCUUUGCCACGUGUAUGUAUCGUUCUUAGAUUUUAAAAUAAAGAUAAAAAUCGUAUUUCAUCAAAUAUUUAGUUAUUACUUUUUUAUGUACUUAUAAUCAAAAUGCCUCCUAAAUUUGAUCCCAAUGAAAUUAAGAAAGUUUAUUUGCGAUGUGUUGGAGGUGAAGUAGGAGCAACUUCAUCUUUAGCUCCGAAAAUUGGCCCUCUUGGUUUGUCUCCAAAAAAAGUUGGUGAUGAUAUUGCUAAAGCUACCAGUGAUUGGAAGGGUUUGAAAAUUACUGUACAAUUGACAAUUCAGAACAGACAAGCUACAAUUUCAGUAGUUCCAUCUGCUGCAUCAUUAAUUAUUAAAUCAUUGAAAGAACCUCCAAGAGAUCGCAAAAGGCAGAAAAAUAUCAAGCACAAUGGAAAUUUAUCGUUUGAUGAUAUUGUUUCUAUUGCUCGAUCAAUGAGACCAAGAUCUAUGUCAAAGUAUCUUAGUGGUACUGUUAAAGAAAUAUUAGGAACUUGUCAAUCAGUUGGAUGUACAGUUGAAGGUAGACCACCUAGAGAUCUCAUUGAAGAGAUUAAUGGUGGAAAACUUCAAGUACCAGAUGAGUAAUAUGGCUUGUUUUGCUCAAUCGAACCAGUAACUCCAGAUGAUUCGAACCCGCGUGUGUUUGGUGUUCGGUGGAAUUUCUUACAGCUAAUUUAUGAUUUCACACAAAUUAACGCAAACUUUUAUGUUUUAAUAUUUUAUAUAUCUUUACAUAUAAAGAAAAAAAAUUAUUGAAUAUUAAAGUCUAUAUUGUUGUUUUCUAUGAAGCAAUUGCAUUAUUUCAUUAGUAAAUAAUUAUUAUUUAAUUAAUUCAUUAGUAAGAAUAGUUUAAAAAAAAUCUAAUGGUUCAUUUGUAUUCGAAGGUAUUUACUGUUCUGCAGAUUUUUUGUUGGGUACAAAUUGUAUACGGUAUAUUUUCCGAUUCUGUGCAUAUUAUCCAUUUGGAAUUUUCUGUAUCUUUUGCGAUAUCUUCAUUUCAAUUAUUGUUUUCACAUUCAUUAUCUAUUAUUCUUAUUUUUCAUCUUCUUAUACCUCUUAUUUCAUUUCCAUGUUCAUCAUGGUUUCCUCUAUCAUUAAUUUCUUUAUGAAUAGAAGUAAUUUCGUCAUUAAAUAACAAAAAAUCAAAUUCAUCUUUGCUUGAGUUAAUUUCAUUAACUUAUUUCAUGCUUACAAAACUCAAAAACUUUGAAAAUAAUAUUUCUAUUACCACGAUUAGUCAAAUUAGACCGAAGAUGUCGUCUGACCCGCAAUCACGAUCUAAUUUAAAAUAAAAAAUCUAGUCAUUUAACAAUAUUAUUCUACAUCUCAUAAGAUUAUACGUAAAGAGCUUAGAAAUCUUUAUGAAGCGAUAUUCUAAAAAAAUCAAACAUAAAUAAAUAUUGUCGCCGCAUCAAUGUAAGUGAUACCGGAGUCACCGCUGGAGUUACGGCAUUAACUCAAGUGAUGACAGAAAAUCACUGUUGGAAUGCAAAGGAUUAAAAUAUAUUAAGCUGAAAUUGAUAGCAGUUGGACAAACUAAGCAAAAUAUAACAAAUUUGAUAGUCAAAGUUUUAAUAUACAAUAUAUAUGUAUAUAAUAUUCUACAUGUAUUAUUAUAUAUAUAAUAUUUUAAUUAAUAAAUAUUGUAAAAAUUUUACAUUUUUACUGUUUCAGAUUUUUCAUAAGGAGUAAAAAUAAAACAUUUUUAAUAUCAAA